UUACGAUAUAAGGUGCUGACGAGACGGCAUGACUGGUUUAAGCAUCCGGCCAUUCUUUUGGGAACUAUUAUACCAUGGGUUGCGCUGAUUGGUUAUCUGGAGCCUCAUUCGGAAAGAAUGUCAUUUGCUCAGCACAGAUUCCGUGUAUUUCUUCAGUUCAGCACAUUUGCUGUGGCCAUCUCGAUUGUUACGUUAUUGAAAUUGAAGCGCUGGAAAGAAGGUGAUCGUGAAUGA